AUGCCGGGCCGACUGAUCCCCAACUUUGUUCGGGGCUCUGGCUCCCUGCACUCCUCGGUCUCUUCGACUCCAAUUCACUCCAAUGCCUCCUCCACUACCUCCGUCAAUGAAAUCAUCACCCAUGCCACCGGCCCUAAGAAGCCUUUCUCCGGUCAUGGCACCCCAGAACGUGCUCGCUCUCCUGAACGUCGCCUGUCCUUCUCCAUGGACCACCUCAUCCACCCUCACCGUGAUCAUAGCAAGGAUAAGCGCAAGAAUCUCGCUCGCGCUGGGCGAUCCAAGGAGCGUCUCAACCGUGAGGAGCUCGCCCUGCCCCCAGUCAAGCUCGAUGUCCUCGUGGAAUCCCCUCCGCUUGUUUGCUACGGCAAUCCCUCCACCUCGACCGGUGCCUUGUUCUCUGGCCGUCUGCGUGUGAAUGUCACUGAGCUGGCCGGCGAGGUCAUUCUCAACCACUUCGACGUCCGUCUAGUUUCCAAGACCACCACCAAGAAGCCCGUCUCCAGCCAUUGCCCCAACUGCCAGACCCGCACCGAAGAACUCUCCCGUUGGAACUUCCUCACAGAAUCUCUCCACCUCAAGCACGGCCAACACGACUUCCCUUUCAGCUACCUUUUCCCCGGUCAUCUUCCGGCCACUUGCAAUGGCGCCCUUGGACAAGUGGAGUACUUCCUGCUGGCACAGGCCCAGAGCAUUGUGGGUGAAGAGUUCACCCUGAAGAUGCCUCUAAAUCUACGCCGUGCUCUACUUCCUGGCAACGACAAGUCCUCGAUCCGCAUCUUCCCUCCGACCAACCUGACUGGCCGCAUCGUUCUGCCCUCCGUUGUUCACCCUAUCGGCAACUUCCCUGUCGAGAUGACCCUGAGUGGUGUCGUAGACAAGGGCGAUGAAACACAGACUCGCUGGCGUCUGCGCAAGAUGAUGUGGCGCAUUGAGGAACAUCAGAAAAUUGUCUCCACUGCUUGCCAGAAGCACUCCCACAAGAUUGGUGGUGAGGGCAAGGGUGUCCUCCACCAAGAGACCCGCAUCAUUGGCCACAACGAGGAGAAGAGCGGCUGGAAGACCGAUUUCGAUACUGCUGGCGGUGAAAUCUCCAUGCAAUUCGAUGCCAACAUCAACCCAACCACGAACCCCGUUUGCGAUAUGGAGGCCCCUGCUGGUCUCGAGGUCAAGCACAACUUGGUCAUUGAGCUGAUCGUUGCCGAGGAGUUCUGCCUGAACCGCAACACCCGACUUAUCACCCCAACUGGCGCAGCUCGUGUGCUGCGUAUGCAAUUUAACCUCAACGUCACUGAGCGCAGUGGUCUUGGUAUCAGCUGGGACGAGGAAAUGCCUCCCGUUUAUGAGGAUGUUCCCGCCAGCCCUCCUGCUUACCCCAAGCCCGACGACGCUCGCAGCGUUAUGGAGGACUAUAUUGGCUCCCCACUCCCACUGCCCGAUUACGAGGAUUUGGAGCGCAUGGAAUCCCUGCGCUUGGAUAGUGACUCAACUCACUCCUCCAACCAAUCCAUUCCUUCUAUUCACGGCCGCAGGGGCUUCACUGCUGACGACCUGUUGACUGAACAAACACCACCUCCCUCCGAGCCUGUCUCUCGGGUCGCCUCUCGCGCCCCGUCGAUCGAUUCCACUCGCCAUUAA